AUGGUCACAUUUCAAAGUAUAUAAGUUCUUUUGGUACUACCCACCCUUUAUUGAAGUUCUUACUGCGGCAGGAGGUCUUUGUGUUUCAUAGAGCAUCAGGCAUCAGCAAGGGCAAAGGAAGGAUGGGACGGAAACUGGAUGCUUUGCUCGGAAGGAAUUCCAAGACCUCCAAAUUCAAAACCCUUGCUAAACUGACCAUUUCCAGGAUUACCAUCCUCAAGAACCAGCGCCAAGUCCGGUGCUCUCAUGCACAUUCUGAUGUCAUCGAACUCCUUAAACUUGGUCAUCAAGAGCGAGCUCUUCUCCGAGUUGAGCAUGUGAUAAAGGAGCAGAACAUGUUAGAUGUGUUUGCCAUGAUCGCAAACUACUGUGAUGUCUUGAUAGAAAGGGUUGAGUUACUUCAAAAGAACAGUGGGUGUCAUGGCGAGCUCAAGGAGGGGAUAUCAAGCCUGAUCUUUGCAGCUGCAAGAUGUGGAGAAUUCCCAGAACUACAAAAACUCCGUCAGAUUCUCACUUCAAUAUUUGGGAAAGAUUUUGCUGAUCGUGCAGUUGAGUCGCGCAAUAACUGCGAUGUUAAUCCUAAGAUGAUACAAAAGCUUUCGGUCCGACAGCAAAGCUUGGAAACCAGAUUGAAAGUGCUAAAAGAAAUUGCUUCUGAGAUUGGAGUCACUUUGCAUUUAGAGGAAGAUGCUCCUUUGGUUGUUGAGGAUGACUCCCAGAAGCAGAGGCAGCUGGAAACUCACAAAUCAGCUAACUUAGAUGGUCCUCACCUUCGAUCACCUGGAGAAGAGAGAAUGGAGAAUGAGUUCCCUGAAUCCAUAAGAGCAAGGAAGAAGUACAGAGAUGUAGCUGCCGCUGCUCAAGAGGCUUUUGAAUCAGCUGCAUAUGCAGCAGCAGCUGCAAAAGCAGCUGUUGCACUAUCCAGGUCUGAAUCACGAGACAAUGAUCCAGAUGAUCAUAACGGACUCCGAUCGGUUGAUGAGACCUAAGUUCUGAA